AUGGCAGCUGUUCUCGAAACUCCACCCCUGACCCCUUUGGGUCCUUACGAUGAAACUUACCAAGCAAUUUAUAACUUGGUUUCUGGUGUUGUGCCUGGCACUGUAGCAUCGCUACCGGGCCCAGACUCUGAAAACAAGCGCUUGCUAUUGGAAGAAUUAUCACGUUUGGGCUAUGGCCAUUCUUUUAACAACCUCCCGGCGAAAGAGUGCAAAAAUGGAAGCUAUCGCAAUGUUACAGCAGUUCCUGAAGCUCCCGCUUCAAAUGGUUUACUCAGCAGUCUUUUUAGUACAGUUCAAAAGCAACAGCAGCAAAUCAACAGCCAGAGAGCUACUGUGGACUCGCUUGAGUCCAAUUUAUCACAAGCGAGAGCUCUUGUUAAUGCAUUUACUGACUCAAUCCAGCCUGAUCAAAAGCGAAUCGUCGACACUGACCUACUCGAUCGUGAACUAACGAAGUCCCAAAAUGCGAACAAGGCUUUCCAGAAGGCGCUAAGGGAAAUCGGUGAAGUAGUUAUUGCUGUCGCACAAGGUGACCUGUCGAAGAAAGUGACCGUUCAUGCUCAGGAAAUGGACCCUGAAAUUGUAAAAUUCAAGGAGACUAUUAAUACUAUGAUGGACCAACUGCAACGGUUCGCUAGUGAGGUUACCCGUGUAGCUACAGAAGUUGCAGGAGGUACUCUGGGUGGUCAAGCUGAGGGCGAAGGAACAGUAGGUGUUUGGCGAGAACUCACGGAUAAUGUUAAUGUUAUGGCAUCCAACCUGACAAACCAAGUGAGAGAAAUUGCUGACGUCACUCGUGCGGUUGCUAAGGGUGAUUUGUCCCGUAAAAUCAAUGUUCAUGCCCAAGGAGAGAUCCUCGAGUUGCAAAAAACGAUUAAUACAAUGGUGGAUCAGCUGCGUACUUUUGCUUUUGAGGUCACGCGAGUAGCUCGUGAAACAGGUGUAGAAGGUCGACUUGGUGGCCAAGCCCAAAUUGAAGAUGUUGAGGGAAUUUGGAAAGAGCUUACCGAUAAUGUAAAUGCCAUGGCCAGUAAUCUUACUGAUCAAGUAAGAAAUAUUGCCAAUGUUACUACUGCUGUAGCUCGAGGUGAUUUGUCUCAAAAGGUAUCCGCAGAUUGUAAGGGUGAAAUUUUGGACCUUAAGUCGACUAUCAAUAAGAUGGUGGAUCGUUUGCAGACUUUCGCUACUGAGGUCACUACGUUAGCUAGGUCUGUUGGUACUGAGGGUAUUCUUGGUGGUCAGGCAAGAGUAGAGGAUGUCGAAGGAGCGUGGAAAGAAAUAACUGAAAAUGUCAACGUCAUGGCUUCGAACCUGACAACACAAGUACGCAGUAUCGCACAUGUUACUACCGCAGUCGCCGAAGGUGACUUGUCUCAAAAAAUUGACGUUCAUGCGCAAGGUGAAAUGCUAGCACUGAAAUCAACUAUCAAUAAGAUGGUGGACCGAUUACAGUUAUUCGCCUCUGAAGUAACGCGUGUCGCCAAAGAUGUCGGUAUCGAUGGUAAACUAGGUGUCCAAGCCCAAGUAUCGGAUGUCGAUGGGCUCUGGAAAGAAAUCACCACCAAUGUCAAUACAAUGGCUGCCAAUUUGACAACACAAGUACGUGCAUUUGCACAGAUCACUGCUGCUGCCACUGAUGGUGAUUUUACAAGAUUUAUUACCGUAGAAGCAAGCGGUGAGAUGGACGCCCUUAAAACGAAAAUUAACCAGAUGGUUCUAAACUUGCGAGAAUCUAUUCAAAGGAACACAGCUGCCCGUGAAGCUGCUGAGUUGGCCAAUCGAGCCAAAUCUGAAUUUUUGGCUAAUAUGUCUCACGAAAUCCGUACUCCAAUGAAUGGUGUCAUUGGAAUGACACAGUUGACUUUAGAUACUGAAUUGACUCAAUAUCAGAGGGAAAUGCUCUCAAUUGUUCACAAUUUAGCCAACUCGCUACUAACAAUCAUCGAUGAUAUUUUAGAUAUCUCGAAGAUUGAGGCCAAUCGAAUGACCAUUGAGAAGAUUGCUUUUUCUUUGCGUGGCACUGUAUUCGGUGCUCUCAAGACUCUAGCUGUCAAGGCAAAUGAAAAACCGCUAGAUCUGGUCUACAAGAUUGACAACACAUUUCCAGAUAGUUUAGUUGGUGAUUCAUUCAGAUUGAGGCAAGUCAUUUUGAACCUUGUUGGUAAUGCUAUUAAGUUUACAGAGAGCGGUGAAGUAGCUCUUAGUGUACGAAAGGCAGAUGAUCAGUCGAAGGGAAACCCUGAUGAAAUGAUGAUUGAAUUCUGUGUGUCGGAUACUGGUAUAGGUAUCCAAGGUGAUAAGCUUGAUGUAAUCUUCGAUACUUUCUGUCAAGCUGAUGGAUCUACUACAAGAAAGUUUGGUGGCACUGGUCUUGGUCUAUCAAUCUCGAAACGAUUGAUAAACUUGAUGGGUGGUGAUAUUUGGGUCAAAUCCGUAUAUGGUAAAGGAUCCCAGUUCUAUUUUACAUUGGCUCUUCAACCCGCUGAUGCUGGCCUCACUCAGCUUCUUGAAAGCAUUGCACCUUUCCGUAAUCAUUAUGUUUUGUUUAUUGACACUGUCCACGAACCACAAGUGACAGAGCAACUUGUUGAAAAUAUGGCACGACUCUAUCUCAACUGUAUUGUUGUGCAUUCAGUAGAAGAGGCGCCCUUGCCAGAAAAUUAUACUGGUCCCAAAUUCGAUACGAUUAUUGUGGACACAUUAGAAGUUGCAACUAAAUUGAGAAUGUUAAACCAUCUGAAGUACAUUCCAUUAGUGUUACUCAACCCUUGUAUUCCACAAGUGAACCUGAAGUUGUGUCUCGAUCUAGGUAUUACGUCUUAUGGUAAUACGCCCUGCUCUACCCAUGACAUAGGAAACGUACUAAGACCUGCUCUUGAAAGUCGUGCUGCUCCGCUUAAUUCAGAUGGUGCAAAACAAUUUCACAUUCUUCUGGCUGAAGAUAAUGUGGUGAAUCAAAAACUAGCUGUACGGAUUCUGGAAAAGUACAAGCAUCGUGUAGAAGUGGUAGAAAACGGUUUGGAAGCAUUUGAAGCUGUCAAGCGUAAGAGAUAUGACGUUGUUCUCAUGGAUGUUCAAAUGCCUGAAAUGGGUGGUUUUGAAGCUACUGCAAAGAUCAGAGAAUGGGAGAAACAGAAUAUCACUAUAAGGACCAGGACUCCGAUUGUUGCGCUAACGGCACAUGCCAUGCUGGGGGACAGAGAACGCUGUAUGCAAGCGCAAAUGGAUGAGUAUCUGUCUAAGCCUUUGAAACCAGCAUUACUGGUUCAAACUAUUAAUAAGUGUGUUCAUAGCGUUAACCAGCUCCGUAACCUUGCUCUGGGACCAGCUCAGGCUAACACUGCUCUUGCUAAGAAUAACGGCAAGUCCGGUGUUUCGGCACCUAAGUCUGUGUCGUUACUGCCUUCUGCGGGACAUUCAGGUGCUAGUAGCCAACUUACGGGAGUCAGCGAGAGUAACCGAGGCAAUGCAAGCAAAAGUAACGGUAAAUCUGUCGCUACAAAUGGCAGUAGUGCCAGUUGA